GCGCGCAGGCCGGGAACACAAGACCAAGAGCCAUCUCGGUGCCUUGUACCCUGGACACUAGCCCUCUUGCAGCCCCAGGAUUAACCCGCGGACAGUCCUCAGCGCGGCCUCCGCCCAGCCGCCCUCACCUGGAUUACCUACUGCGGCAGCUGGAGAGGAGCUAGUGCGAAGGCGCGGAGGGAGUAGCGCCCUGAGCGGAGGCUGGUUUUUCAGUGACCCCUCCGGCGGGAGGAAGCGCGGGAAAGCGGCGUCCGGAUCAGAGCCAGCUGGUCCGCGGGUGGAGAGAGCGACACCCCAGGGGAUGGCGGCCGCGGCCCGGAGCGCCUCUGGCUGGGCGCUACUGCUGCUGGUGGCACUUUGGCAGCAGCGGGCGGCUGGCUCAGGCGUCUUUCAGCUGCAGCUGCAGGAGUUCGCCAACGAGCACGGCGUGCUGGCCAGCGGGCAGCCGUGCGAGCCCCGCUGCCGGACCUUCUUCCGCGUCUGCCUUAAGCACUUCCAAGCGGUCGUCUCGCCUGGGCCCUGCACUUUCGGCAGCGUCUCUACGCCGGUGUUGGGCACCAACUCCUUCACCAUCGGGGACGACACUAGCGGCGGGGGCAGCAACCCUCUCCAACUGCCCUUCAAUUUCACCUGGCCGGGUACCUUCUCGCUCAUCAUCGAAGCUAGGCACGCACCGGGAGACGACCUGCGGCCAGAGGCUUUGCCACCAGACACGCUCAUCAGCAAGAUUGCCAUCCAGAGGUCCCUAGCUGUGGGUGAGAACUGGUUCCUGGAUGAGCAGACCAGCCCCCCCACGAGACUGCGCUACUCUUACCGGGUCAUCUGCAGUGAAAACUACUAUGGAGACAGCUGCUCACGCCUGUGCAAGAAGCGCAAUGACCACUUCGGCCACUACGUGUGCCAGCCAGAUGGCAGCCUGUCCUGCCUGCCCGGCUGGACUGGAGAGUACUGUGAACAGCCUAUCUGUCUUUCUGGCUGUCAUGAACAAAAUGGCUACUGCAACAAGCCUGCGGAGUGCCUCUGCCGCCCAGGCUGGCAGGGCCGCCUGUGUGACGAAUGUAUCCCCCACAAUGGUUGUCGCCACGGCACCUGCAGCACCCCCUGGCAAUGCACCUGUGAUGAGGGCUGGGGAGGCCUGUUCUGUGAUCAAGAUCUCAACUACUGCACCCACCACUCCCCCUGCAAGAAUGGUGCGACGUGUUCCAACAGCGGGCAGCGGAGCUACACCUGCACCUGUCGCCCCGGCUACACUGGCAUGGACUGUGAGCUGGAGCUCAGCAAGUGUGACAGCAACCCCUGUCGCAAUGGGGGCAGCUGUAAGGACCGGGAGGAUGGCUACCACUGCCUCUGUCCCCCGGGCUACUAUGGCCUGCACUGUGAACACAGCACUUUGAGCUGCAGCGACUCUCCAUGCUUCAAUGGUGGCUCCUGCCAGGAGCGCAACCAGGGGGCCAGCUACGUCUGCGAAUGCCCCCCCAACUUCACUGGCUCCAACUGUGAGAAGAAAGCAGACAGGUGCACUAACAACCCAUGUGCCAAUGGAGGCCAGUGCGUGAACCGAGGUCUGAACCACAUAUGCCGCUGCCGUCCAGGAUUCACAGGCUCCCGCUGUGAACUCCACAUCAGUAACUGUGCCCGCAGCCCUUGCGCCCACGGGGGCACCUGCCAUGACCUAGAGAGUGGGCCCAUGUGCACCUGCCCUGCUGGCUUCUCUGGCCAACGCUGCGAGGUGCGGCUGCCCAGCGAUGCCUGUUCCUCGGGGCCCUGCUUCAAUGGAGCCACCUGCUACACCGGCCUUUCCCCGGACAACUUCGCCUGCCACUGCCCCUACGGCUUCGUGGGCAGCCGCUGCGAGUUCCCUGUGAGCGUGCCGCCCAGCUUCCCCUGGGUAGCUGUCUCCCUGGGAGUGGGGCUGGUGGUGGUGCUGGUGCUGCUGGGCAUGGUGGCGGUGGCCGUGCGGCAGCUGCGGCUCCGGCGGCCAGACGACGGCAGCAGAGAGGCCAUGAACAACUUGUCGGACUUCCAGAAGGACAACCUGAUCCCUGCUGCCCAGCUCAAGAACACAAACCAGAAGAAGGAGCUGGAAGUGGACUGUGGUCUGGACAAGUCCAACUGUGGCAAGCAGCAGAACCACACGUUGGACUAUAAUCUGGCCCCAGGGCCCCUGGGGCGAGGGACCGUGCUGGGGAAAUAUUCCCACAGUGACAAAAGCUUAGGGGAGAAGGCGCCACUGAGGUUACACAGUGAAAAGCCAGAGUGUCGGAUAUCAGCGAUAUGUUCCCCCAGGGACUCCAUGUACCAGUCCGUGUGUUUGAUAUCAGAGGAGAGGAAUGAAUGUGUCAUUGCCACGGAGGUAUAAGGCAGGAGCCUAACCAGGACAUCCCAGCUUCGGCCCAACAGCUGGACCUUCCUUCUGCAUUGUUUACAUUGCAACCUGGAUGGGACGUUUUUAAUAUGCAACGUGCUGCUCUCAGGAGGAGGAGGGAACGAUAUGAACUGGACAGACUGUGAACUUGCCAAGAGAUGCAAUACCCACCCAUACCUUUGGGUGUCUGCCUGGCAUCAGACCGGCAGCCAUGCCAGCCAAGGGAACAAAGAAGAGGAGAGGUGCCAUUUGCACCUGGCCUGCCAGCCGUGGCCUUCAGAGGGCUCCUUCCGUGGCUCUGGCCUGUUUCCCCAGCAGGAGCAGCAGGGGUCCCUUGGGGCCUGGAGCAGCUGUGGCCACCACUGGCAUCUGUGUUUGCAAAAGUGCCUUUGGCCCGGGCUCCAUGGUGACAGCUGGGCCCAAAUCAGAGAGGGGAGAGGAGCCAGUAAGGGCAGGGCUGUCCGUGGGCCGGAAAACCACUGCCUGCGGCUCUUGGCAGGGGCUGCUCUGCAGGUGAGGUGAGAGCCUGAAGGGAGAGGAGCGCUGUUUGCCCUGGGCCUCCCACUGCUGCGUGUGGGCCUUGCUCCAAACACCACCCCACCCUCUCUCCUGGCCCAGGCCCUCUGGGCAAGAAUGGUGGUGAGCCUUACACCAGCUCUGGCCCUGGGUGCCACUGGGGCUCCUGAGAGCAGACAGGCAGAGGUCUGCCUGUCCCUUCUGCUGGCCGGGAGCGCCAGGCCUACUUGGGAAAAGAUCAGGGCAAUUACAUUGGAAAUUCCAACGAGGGAGAAAUUGGGUGGUGCUGCCACGUGGGCCCUCUCCUCCCUCAAACCCGUCCCGACAGCCCUGAGCCUGGGCUCUGCCCAUGCCCCAAACUGCUCCCAGACCACCCUUGAAGCUGACCUUCAGAAAUCAAUAAUAUGAGUUUUUAUUUUGUUUGUUUUUUGUAGUUUAUUUUGGAAUCUAGUAUUUCGAUAAUUUAAGAAUCAGAAGCACUGACCUUUCUACAUUUUAUAACAUUAUUUUGUAUAUAAUGUGUAUUUAUAAUAUGGAACAGAUGUGUACAGGAAUUUAUUA